AUGAAAAAUAAUCUGGAGCAGCAGUUCUCGGAGGAUCUAUUGAUCGCACAAUCUUCAAAUUUGGUAAGACAAGACUCAGACCCAAUCCCUGUUGACCUUCUUAUUGAUAUCUUCUCGAGAGUCCCGGCAUAUUCUAUAGCUAGGUUUCGUUGCGUAUCCAAAUCGUUGGAAUCCAUACUUCGUCGUCCUGAUUUCACAGAGCUGUUCCUGACUAAAUCUGUGUCUCGUCCACGGCUCCUUUUCGUCGUCCCAGUUAAUGACUCAGAUAAUGAAGACUCAGAUAAUGAAGAUCCAGUUAAUGAAGAGUCAUUUGUCUCCUCUUCGCCUCAACCUCAAAAUCCAGAUGACAACUCUUCUCUCGUAGCCACCCCUUAUAAAAAGUGUUUUCGGCUUCGCAAAUAUAUUCCAUGGGAUAUCAGUCCCCAAUCCAUAUUUUUACCCAGUGUGAAAGCUAGCGGUAUUACGGAAAGCUAUUUUGGCUUUGAUCCGAUCAGCAAACAGUUCAAAGUGUUGUGUAUCACAUGGUCUCGUGAUGGAACACCCGAUACUCAUCGGAUUUUGACAUUGGAGACUGGAAUAAAACGUCGAUGGAGGACGAUCCAAGACCCAGUACUUCCCCAUGAUUCCAUGGAUUAUAACAUAUGCAUAAAUGGUGUUCUGUAUUACGGAGCUACAUUUCCUGAUGGAUGUUCUAAGAUGGUUUGCUUCGACUUUAGGUUUGAGAAAUUCAGCUUUGUUAAAUUACAUAAAGACAUUGUCCCUAAUAGGAGGUUACAAUUGUUCAACUGCAAAGGUAAAUUAGGUGCACAUCAGCGUUGUGGGUCUUAUGAAGAAAGAUUUGCGUUGUGGAGGGCCCAUUAUGAUCGUGGCACUAUAAAGUCAGUUCGAUUUCGUUCGCGUAAGCUCUGA